AUGGCGAAGGCUGUCCAGGCUCUGCUCCUGUCUCUGGCGAUCCUGCUGCUGACCGGCUGGACGACGGCCAAAACAGUCACAUACGACUUCAACGUCAGCUGGGUCACGGCUAAUCCAGAUGGCCUGGCCGAGCGAAAGGUCAUUGGCAUUAAUGGACAAUGGCCGCUGCCCGUCAUCGAGGUCGACAAGGGCGACCGGCUGGUGGUCAACAUGUUCAAUGGCCUCGGCGACAAGAACACCAGCAUUCAUUUCCACGGCAUGUUCCAGACAGAUACGAGCAACAUGGAUGGCCCGUCGAUGGUGACACAGUGCCCGAUUCCGCCGGGAUACAGUUUCACGUACAACUUCACCAUCAACCAGAACGGCACCUACUGGUACCACUGCCACACCGACUUCUGCUACCCCGACGGCUACCGCCAGGCCCUGAUUGUGCACGACAACGAUGCAUUCUUCAACGAGGACUACGACGAAGAGUUCACCAUCACCAUCAGCGACUGGUACCACGACUUUGUCGAAGACAUCCGGUUCCUGUCGCUCUACAACCCCACCGGCGCCGAACCCGUGCCCAAGUCGUUCCUGUUCAACGACACCCAAAACUCCAGCCUGCCCAUCAAGCCCGACACGACGUACCUGAUCCGGCUGAUCAACAUCGGGGCCUUUGUGGGACAGUUCUUCUAUAUCGAGGACCACACGUUCAAGAUUGUCGAGAUCGACGGCGUCUACACGGAGCCCACCGAGGCCGACACGCUGUACAUCGCCGUUGCCCAGCGGUACAGCAUCCUGCUCACGACCAAGAACAGCACGGACAAGAACUACCCGAUAGUGACGGUGGCCGACUCGGACCUGCUGGACGUGAUCUCGCCGGACCUCAAACUGAACAACACGAACUGGCUCCAAUACAACGCCGAGGCGGCGCACCCGCAAGCGGUGAUGAAGGUCGACGCGUCGUCAGAUCUCGUGCCCUUUGACGACAUCACGCUGGUGCCGUACGACCAUAUGGCGCUACUGCCGGAGCCGGACUUUGAAAUCAACGUGACGGUCAUCAUGGACAACCUACGCAACGGCUUCGGCUACGCGUUCCUGAACGACAUCACCUUCACGCAGCCCAAGGUGCCCACGCUCUACACGGUCAUGUCGUCUGGGCCGCUGGCGACCAACCAGGAGGUGUACGGCGAGUACACGCACCCGAUGGUGCUCAAGCACAACGACGUGGUGCAGCUGGUGCUCAACAACGCCGACAGCGGCUCGCACCCGUUCCACCUGCACGGCCACAACUUCCAGGUCAUCGACCGCGCCCCGGGCUACGGCGAGCACUUUUACGACUACCUGGCGGGUGACCCGGUCCCGUUCGACCCGGCCAACCACUCUGCGUUUCCCGCGUUCCCGGCCCGCCGCGACACCUUCGUCCUGCCGCCCCAGGGCUACUACGUGAUCCGCUUCGUGGCCGACAACCCCGGCGUGUGGAUGUUCCACUGCCACAUCGACUGGCAUCUGGCGCAGGGGCUCGCCAUGGUGAUGAUCGAGGCGCCCCUGGAGAUCCAAAAGACGCACCACAUCCCCCAGCAGCACUACGACGUGUGCAAGGCCGCGGGCGUCGCCUUUGAAGGCAACGCCGCCGCCGACGUCCAGGACCCGCUCGACCUCGCAGGCCAGAACACCCAGCAGCCGCCCCUGCCCUCGGGCUUCACCGCCCGCGGCAUCGUCGCCCUGGUCUUCUCCUGCAUCAGCGCCUUUCUCGGCAUGGCUUUCAUCACCGUCUACGGCCUCUCGGAACCAAAGUUCAUCCACAAGGAUGUUGAUCCCGUCGAUGACGAUCCGCUGCACGAGUCCGUCGAGGGGUCUACUGUCGAGCCAAAGGUCGCCUCCGCGGCUGCGCAGGGAUGA